UGUGCUUUCGUCAACCUUCUGGAGUCGUCUGGAGGACCUGAGACAGACCCUUUCUCUCUCUCUCUCUCUCUCUAUAUACCUGUAGCUUCCUUCUUUCCUCUCUCUCUAUCUCGCUCCAUAGUUUAAUACCUUACUAGAUUUUAGUACUUUCUGCUGGAAGCUUUACUUGUCGUUGAGACGAGAAAAUGGUAAACGACGAGCGCUUGCUGAUGAAGAGGAAAGAUAUCGACAGAGCGAAAGAGGAAUUUUCUGAUUUUUCCCUCUCUUCUCCUGCUCGAAAGAUUCGUCGUCUGGAUGUGAAAUUUCCACCGAUAAUCGAGGAAGAGGAAACAGAUGUGGCGAUGCAAGAGACGGGUGCGGAGGAAGAACACGAGCCUGCACCUGUAAACGAGGAGAGAGCAAUUGUUCUAUUCAAGCCUCUCCAUUAUCAUCAGCCUCCUUCUGGGCAACUCUAUGCUGAUAGAGACUUGAUCUCUGGCUUUAACAAUAGAUUUUUACGUGAUGCAUCAAGAGCUGAUGACGAACACGGUGAAGACCAGACUUCCAAGAAAUGCCAAGCCGUUGUUUGCUGGAAUCCGUCUCAGUCUCCUUACUCACAGUCCAUAGGAACUUUCCAACAACCCCGUGCAUUAGAGAUUAUCGAGUUGGACGAGUCAGGUGAGGAUGCUGUAAUGGAUGACGCAGCCGCGGUUAUAGAAGAGGAUAAUAGAAGCAGUGGUCUAUCUUUUCCUCAACAAGGGCAGCAACAGCUUCAACAAGAAGUGCCCACUAAUGGUUUUGGAUUUCAACAAUGGCAGCAACAGCAACACUGUAUGGUUCCGCAGCUUCCGCAAGUCAACUCUACUCCCAUCACUUGGUUCCGAUGAAGGGGUUAAGCCGACGAAGCAUGACCUCUUGUUGAAGCAAAUGGGGAGUCCUUGAAGCAAAUGUAGAAUCAGCUUUUGAGUUCUCUGCCCUUUUGUUGGUGUAGGAUCUUAUCUUUUGGAUGUAAUUAAAAUAGCUUAGAGAUUUUCACGUUCCAACUAUUAGCCCAAAGUGAGAGCCUGUAAUUUCACAUAAUGAUAAGAUUUUGCGAUGACUAUUGGU